AUGCAGCUGCACGAGGAGAUGUACAUGUCGAUGGUCAACGUCCUUGGCUUUUGGCCCGAUUCUGCACCGGACCACCAGUACUUCUACUCCAACCUUUGCCACACGUGCAUCUCUGAGGAAGUUUGCACACAGCAGCAAGACGUCUUCAUGCCCGGCACCGACUGCAAGCACGUCCUGGUCAUCGAAACGGGCCUGAUGCAUUACUUCGCACGAAACCAGGCGAACGUCCUGACUCGCAACCAAGAAGUCCAGAGCACUGGAACCUCCUACUACGGCAAAGUGAAUGCAGACGAGUUCGCUCUCUUGGCACGCAAAUUCGGCGGUGCUUUCUGGGUUCACCUGCAGAUUUUCGGUAUACUUUUGAUCAGCGAGAUCGAGAACAGAGAUGAGCGAAGCAGUAUCAACGAGCAUAUCACGGACAUCCAGAUGAGCAAGGAUGAGCUGCAGCGCAUGAAGAGCCGCGCUGAGACGUGCUUCGGCUCCAAGCGGUGUCUCGAAGACUCGAAUUCGGGAUACUCGAGUUACUCGAGUUUCGAGUCACAAUGA